UUGUCAUUCUGGAUCCUUCUUUCUCCUCCCUUUUUUCUAUGCCAUAAGACCACAACUUCACUACUAGAAUCUGUCGUUCGAUGUUCUAUCCCUAUUGAACAGCAGCCUCACUGUAUAGAGCCGCAAGAAAGACGACCAUCCGACACCCAAACCCCCGUCCUGUCACUAUCACAGCUCACUACUUCUCGAUCUUCACCGUCUCCACCUCCCGUUAUUCUCGAGGUCAAAACUGGUGGGGCCGAAUUUGCACCAAAAAUUGAGGAACCCGGAGCGAAAAACAUCUCUGGUAUCACGGAAAGCCAAAUUCCAGUCAAAUCGAAAUGUACAGAUUCACAAGCAAUUGGUGCUGACUCCAGAAUACAACAUCAAGCUGAUAGCCUCCUUUUGGGUGAUUCCACAGCCUUCUGCCAGAUUGAAUCCAGACAACGCCUAAUUAAUGGACCAGGUCGGGACGCAGAGGCAAGUUGA